AUGAAGUCCUCUAGCGUAUGCGCCGAACGAUCCAUGUAAGAGAACCCAAUGCUAAGACAUCCCGCAGAGUGCUUCGGGCAUAUCAUUCAAGUCACAAUUCCUAUACCUCGUAGUAUACGUCACGCGGUAUCUGGGUAUGGCAGAACUUGAGCUCUCGCUGUAUUUGUGAGAAUACUAACGCGCAGUAGACCUCUUCUGGACCGAUCCGACCAAGUCUCUGUGGAACACAUCCUUUAAGAUCAUCUUCAUCGCUGCGCAAGUCUACACUGUCUACCUCAUGCUGAACGACUACAAGCCGACGCACGAUCCAAAUCAAGAUACCUUCAAGGUAGAAUACUUGGUAGGCGGAGCAGCAGUGCUGGGCUUGCUAUUUCCGUACAAAUACACGCCCGUUGAGGUAUGAGGAGGGAUGAAAACUGAGAGGACAAACAGUGUUUGACAAUGCCAUGCAGAUGCUCUGGGCCUUCUCGAUCUGGCUGGAAGCUGUCGCGAUCCUGCCGCAGCUCUUCAUGCUUCAAAGGACUGGAGAAGCAGAGACCAUCACCACACAUUACCUGUUUGCGCUAGGAGCCUACAGAGCGUUAUACAUCCCCAACUGGAUAUGGAGGUAUUUCGCAGAGGGUGGUUACGUUGACCCAGUCUCAGUCCUUGCUGGAAUCGUGCAGACGGUCCUCUACUCGGAUUUCUUCUGGAUCUACUAUACCAAGUAUGUUGACCUUUUUCCCGUGAAGGUGGAUUGCAGAGCUGACUUUCCGGCAGAGUGCUACAGGGCAAGAAGUUCAACUUGCCGGUAUAG